CCAGUCAGGAUGUUGGUCUGCUACACAGGAAGUAAGGUCAGGCUAGCUUGACGAGCACGUUGUAAGGCGUUAAUUUUGCAAUUGUUUUGUUCUGUUUAAGGUUAAUUCUCUUUCCAGUAAACUUAUAGAGUUCAUUCAUCAUGCUGAUCAAAGUUAAGACCCUGACUGGAAAGGAAAUAGAGAUCGACAUCGAGCCCACUGACAAGGUGGAGCGAAUUAAGGAAAGGGUUGAGGAGAAGGAAGGGAUCCCUCCGCAGCAACAGAGGCUCAUCUACAGCGGAAAACAAAUGAAUGAUGAGAAGACGGCUGCAGACUACAAGAUCCAGGGCGGCUCAGUGCUCCAUCUUGUGUUGGCGUUAAGAGGAGGAUCAGAACCCCACAAUUGCAGCAUACGCCUCUCCUCCUCAUCAUGAGGUGCUGACGUGAAGCCUGCUGAGUGCCAACACCACAGCAUUCAAAACUAUGUUGGAACUAAUUAGGCAGAUGAAAAUAAUUAUAAUAAAAAAACAGUAACCCUCCAAAAAAACAAACAUGGACGCUCUAAUACAUGUGUAGAUUGUUUUUCGUGUUAACCUAAGUUGUUUUAUUUGAGUUUGUGCAGUCAAAGCACCGCAGUUUGAAGAUUGCGAUCUUUGCUUGUGAAUAAAGGUGAAAGUUGA